AUGAGUGACAGAAGUAAAUCAUCCUACUUUAAUGAUCUCCGCCUGGAGGGAGAAUUUUGUGAUGCAGUCAUCAAAGUUGAGGAUGCCGAGUUUCAAAUCCACAAAGUUAUCCUCUGUAACUACAGCUCUUACUUUCGAGCUCUGUUCAAACGCUGGUCAACCACUGACAAAAAAGUCUACAACAUACCGGGCCUGUCUCCUGACAUGAUGCAGCUCAUCAUUGAGUUCGCCUACACCGGCUCUGUUCCUAUAACCGAGGAAAACGUGCAGCAACUGCUGCUAGCUGCUGAUCAGCUCAAUGUAAUGGACAUCGUCAAAACCUGCUGUGACUUCCUUGGAGAGCAGCUCUGCCCAGAAAACUGCAUCGGUAUCUGGCAGUUCACCAAAAUAGUCUUCUCCUUGGAACUGCAGCACAAAGCGUACCACUACAUCAUUGAUCACUUUGAGGACAUCGUUUCCUGUGAGGAGUUCUUACAGCUCUCCGUAGAGGAGCUGGUUGAAUUCCUCGAGAGAGACGACCUCAAUGUGAGAAAUGAAAGAUCUGUGUUUGAGGCUGUUACUCACUGGAUUGGCCACAGACCUGAGGAACGAGAUGGACACAUCAGCCUUCUCUUGUCUAAGGUCCGGCUGGCUACGAUGAGUCUAGAGCACAUCAGGAUCCAUGUCAUGUCCAAUGAGCUGGUGAUAAAUGACCUUUCAUGCACGGAGGACCUUGAAGCCUUGUAUGACAUCAUCGCAAACAGGCCAUCGCUGUCUGGUCUCUUCAACCCAUUUGUCCGCCCUCGCCUGCCUCCUGCCGUCCUGCUGGCGCUCGGAGGCUGGAGCGGUGGCGAUCCGACUCAUGGCAUCGAGGCAUACGAUGUUCGAGCCGACCAUUGGAUCAACGUGACAAACGAUCUGGAGUGUCCCCGGGCCUACCACGGCACUGCGUUCCUCGACGGGUACGUGUACUGUGUUGGUGGCUUUGAUCGUGUGGAGCAUUUCAACAGCGUGCGCCGGUUGGACCUGAGCACAAACACCUGGCAUGAAGCGGCGCCGAUGUACUGCAGUCGCUGCUAUGUGAGUGUUACCGUGCUCAAUGGAUACAUUUACGCCCUGGGAGGCUACGAUGGGCACGUACGACUCAACACUGCUGAGCGCUACAAGCCCGAGACCAACCAGUGGAGUCUUAUUGCACCCAUGAACGAGCAGAGGAGCGACGCCAGCUGCACUUCACUCAACAACAAGGUUUACAUUUGUGGUGGCUUCAAUGGAAACGAGUGCCUGCCUUCAUGUGAAUAUUACAUCCCUGAGACCAACCAGUGGACAAUGAUCAGCCCCAUGAUCAGCCGGCGCAGUGGAAUUGGAGUCAUUUCUUAUGGAGGAUUUGUCUAUGCAGUUGGUGGCUUUGAUGGCAACACCCGCCUGUGCAGCGCUGAGGCCUACAACCCUCAAACCAACACCUGGCACGCAGUGUCCUCCAUGUUGAAACCCCGCAGCAACUUCGGAAUCGAAGUCAUUGACGACAAACUCUUUGCUGUCGGAGGCUUCAAUGGCUUCACCACAUCCUAUAACGUGGAAUUCUACGACGCGUCAACCAACGUGUGGUCCGAGGCAGCUGACAUGGAGAUUUUCCGCAGUGCUGUAAGCUGCUGCGUGGUGACCGGGAUUCCUAACGUGACCAAGCUAACUGUCCCUCGAGACAGCCUUCUGCUUAUGGAGGUGGAGCCUGUGGAGUCGGGAGAGUCUCCAGUCUUAAGCGCGGUCUUGCCCCUUACCACCAUCCACUCUGGAAAGACAUGA